UCAGCUGACAACCAAAGCAAAACAGUCGGUGCGCGACCAUCUUGUCAAAACUCUGAGUCGGUGACAACAAAUAAAUAUUGUAAAAUGUCCUAAAACGCUCUAAAUGACAUAACUAUCUUAUUGUAUUUAAUAAAGUAUCGUGCAUAUUUUAUGUUGGUGUUGUUUUCGAAGUAGUUACUAUAUAUUUUACUCGAUUUUUCGGGUUUGUGUUGCGUCAAAUGACGUCAUGUAUGUGAUUAUACACGUAUCGCGGCUGACGAGUUUAUAGUUUAAAAUGCACGAUCAAGAGGGUGAUGGCGAGCCGGCGCAUCACGCGCGUCGCCCGAUGAACGCAUUCCUCAUCUUCUGCAAACGUCACAGGAGCGUUGUUCGCGACAAAUAUCCUAAUCUUGAGAACAGAUCAAUCACUAAGAUCCUCGGCGAGUGGUGGGCUAACUUGGACAAGGAAGAAAAGGCUUGUUACACAGGUCUUGCUAAACAGUACAAAGACGCGUUUUUCAGCGCCAACCCUGACUUCAAGUGGUACAAGUUGCCCGCGCCACCGCUCCGCACGCUGUCCUCCCGGCCCAGAGACUCCAACGAGAAGCCCGUCGAGUCCCCCAACAGUGACCAGCAUGACCAAGAACUGGAGAAAACCAACAACAACUCUACCAAGGUAGACUUCAACAAGAAACCCAGGGAAGACUCCUUUGAAGCUGAGUCUAAACCGCUUUCCAUGUUCACUCCUGGAAAACUGGCUGACGAAGCCCAAAUGGGAGGUCUCAGCAGCCUCCUCGCAACUAAGACUGAUACUCAAAUUACAAAUCCAUAUUACUCACCCCCUUGCUUUAAAUUUAACGCGAUCUCAACACCAAACGAAAACAGAUCUCAUAACGUAAUAGAGAGGGCCAAAACGAAAGGUGAUGACGACAUACAAAAAUUACAGGGUGUCCUCACCGAAACCUCGAAGAUUUUCGAACAACAGUUACAAGAGAAGAAAAGGAUAUACUACGGUAUACCGAACGACCAGUUCACCAACCAGGAUGUGAUAGACCAAAUAGUCGAUAAGAGAUACUCUAAAGACGAUGAGUACGGUUGCCAGAGGAACUGGUCGGAUGACGAGAAGAACAUGAGGUCUGAUAGAUCGUGCAAGGGGAAGAGGUACCAGGAGUUCAUGGCUGUUGGGGGCCUCAUAGUGAACAAGCGACAGAAGCGGGACUCGGACAAGCCAGACGAGAACUACAGCGCGACCUGUAGCUGGGAUCCUGGCAGUCUGCGGGACGACACGAUGGACGACGAGCCCAACAACAGCAACGACAAGCCGGCCGACUGCGACGACAAGCUCGACACUGCGGACAUGCCUGAACCCGACAAUAAUGCCAACAAAACAUUCAAGGCUGCCGACUUUGAUUUAGAUGCUAAAAUUAGAGCCCUGCCUUCACUUAGUCUAGAGAAGUUCCAGCAGAAGAAACGUGAGAACAAACGCAAGAAGAAGACCGUCAACUUGAAACCAAAAGCACUGGAGACAUCGCAGAUAGUCAACUCAGUUCCUAGGUCCAUGAUGGAGGAGAGGCGGGAGACGGCGGAGCACUGGCGAGACACCGUCAUCGGCAGCCAGAAGCGCAAGCCGCGCAAGAUCAGCAUCACGCGGCUGGAGAUCAACAGCAUGGUGUCGAGCGUGGACCUGGAGGCGCAGCAGACCAGCCCGCAGAUGAAGAUCGCGACGGAGGCGCCGGCCCCCAUGUGCCGCCAGUCGCCGCUGGCCGGGGACCUGCUGGCGCUGGCCACGCUGGCCGAGGUGGCCUCCAACACCUCCAAGCUGGACGACUCCGCCAUGCACUACAUGACCGCCAAAGCGAGCGACUCCAACGCUUCCAUGGUAUGAGAUACCGACACAACUAGCCUUAAUAUAUUAUUCCAAAUAUUAUUUACUUUGUAAUCAGAUAAUAUUUAUAUAUAGAUCUAAUUUUACAUUUUACGCAUAAAAAUUAAUAUUAUUGUACACUUUUAACUGUAGUUUUUAUAACGUAGCGAUAGAAAUAUUUAUAUUGAAAAUAGAAAAAAAAGAAAGUAUAUGUAUACCUUACGUUAGUUUAAAAACGUCGUUUAGGCUGCUAAAUACUGCUUUGUUUAGGACUAGAAAAAGUAAGAGUGAUAGUUGUAUGUCCAGACGAAUAACAACAAAGCAUAAUGAUUUAUAUUAUAGUAAGAACAGAUACAAAUACAUUACAAUUAUGAUAUCUUAAGGUGUUAUCGUCGUGUCGCGGGAUUCGUCGCCGCCAUUUCAUCACAUCAACGGUUAUAAAAUGCCAAACAAAUAAGUCAUUUUAAGAUAAUUGUAAACCUCAUUAUGUGUAAACUUAGGUUAUUUGAAUCGCCUUAAUAUUUUAGAGAUUUAAAUGAAGAUACUAAGACACCACAUGCAUAGACUGCAUUGCAUUUUUAAGGUGACUUAUUUCUCGUUUUAUUGCAAACGUGCAAUGAUUUAUCAUUUAUAUUUAAUAUUUAUAUUAUACAUUAGUGGCUGUAGUCACGUGUUUUUGUAAAAAGCGAAUUUAUCACAACAACUAUGGCAACUGGUGGAAGGGAGUUGGAUGUAGCGUAAGGCUGGAAAUAUUGUGUGUUGCCUUAAAAUUAAAUGAUGUAUACAGUGAGCUGUAUCAGUGGUAUGUAACUCAUAGGUACUCAUUUCGAGCUGUCGAGUAUGGGGUUACAUGAUCAAAUGUACAUAUGACUCAAUGUACAACAUAAUACGCUAAUUGUGAGCGCCUUAUAUUGCUGUAUUCGCACUUUGUAUUAGCGAUAUUGUGUAAACAGCUAACUCGCUUGGUUUGAUUCAAAUUAACAAAUGAAUAAAGAAGAAUUCAUUGGAGUUACUGUGAAUAUAUCACUACUAUUUCAGUAAUGAAUUUCCAGCCUAAGAUUGGGACUUUUGUUGAAAUUCUAGUAAAAACCUACUAAGUAGUGCCCGUGCAAUCCUUUGUACAUAUUGUUAUUGAAUGUUUAUUUAAUUGUUUUAGUCAUACUCUAACAAAGAUCCCAAUCUAAAUAUUAUUUUAAACGAAAGAUUUUUAUGAAUCUUUUUGAAAGUUUUUAUUAAACUUUCACGAGGUAUAGAAACAAGAUGCGGUAUGAGAAAAUCUAUUGUAAGGAAACGUGAUGCUAUUUAUAUAGAUAUGGAGCAAUUGGCGAAAGAGGUAGAGAUUGUAAUUUUUAUAGUUGCCAGAUGAGGCCUCAAAUACCGGCCGUAUCGCGCGAGUCAAACUCGCAAAACUUUUCUUUGUGAUAAAAAACUUUGACUAGUGCUGUUAGUUUUAACUUAAAAAUAUAUCACCAUUGUUUCAUAAUUAUUAUUUAUCGAAUUUCAUGAAUAAAAAAAAAACAUUUUACUCAUACAAAAAAAUCGAAAAAAAAAUCAUUCGAUUGAUCGUACACUGAUUAGAUUAAUCUUGUCCCUAUUAGGUACCUGAAGUUAUCGAAAAUUCAUGAAUUUCAUGUGAGAAAAAUAUUUUGAAAAAAUACUAAAAAAAAUAUAAGAUCAUUUUGAAACCAUUUUUAAGUUAUAAAAUAAAUGUCAAUAUUAUAUUAAUGUAGUAGUUUACAUGUUUGAAGAACAGUGUUUCUCAAAUUUUUGUUCUUGUUUAUUUUUGUAAUGGAUUUUAAGGGGUUUCUGUGAUUUUAUUCUAUCUCCUAUGUUAAGGUUGCCGGCGUGAAGAUUUCGUUUGCAGGUCUAGUCUAGAUUAGGGUUUAUAAUAAAAAAUGAUCAAGUACUAAAUUCGAAAAGUGCACUUAUAUUGUUUAUAAAGUUACAAACGAUGACACAAGCCAUAAUGUGACAUGCUCAUCCAAAGACCAAAUGUAUUUAGAAUAGAAAAGCUAGCAUGUAGAUAUUGUAUAUGUAAAAUAUAGGUGAUAUAUAUAUAAUAAAUAUUUAACAACUUGUCAAUAUUGUGGCAUUCCAAAAUGUCAAAAUUAUCAUGUUACUCUAUAUCUUGAAAUGUAAAUUUAUUGCAUUUUAUUUUAUGUUUUUUCAAACAUUUUUAUUUUCAAAUAGAUUUUAAACCUAUAAUAAUUGUUGAUUUUUAUGUAAAGUUUAAUGGAUUGUUACGUUUUAUUAUGAAGUGGUGAGCUUUCGACGGUUCCUAUACGAGAUUUUUAAUGAUGAGCUUUACAGGGCUUUACUAUAUCAAUCAAAGUAAAUAAAUAAUACUACAUAAAUAACAGAUUACUUAUGAAAAAAUAUAUAUUUUGCCUUGUCGAGAUAGAGCCUUAUUUUAUAAUGAAAAAUAUCUAGUAUUAAGGCUAAUUGAGAAGGGGCCAUUAUCGGAAAAGGGAAUUUAGAAAUAACACAAUUUUUAAAUUAUAUUUAUUAAACACAGAAUAUAUUUAUGGGAAUGGUGAGAUUAUGAUUGAAAUCUCUAAAUUGAAACCUGUAGGAUCCGAUAUGAAUAAAUAUGGUGCUGGAAGAUCUGUAUUACUUUAUUUUAAGAACCGCAGUCCUCAGCACGUGAGAGGACGGUUAGUCAAAGUAGGUAUUGUAAUGAAUUAUUAUCGUUAUUUUUAAGAUAACAAUCGCAAUCACUUUGUGCUAUGUAAUAUAUAUUUAUAUAAAAUAUCCUGAACAAACAGUACAUUGGUGUAGCGCAAAUUGAUUGUUGAUGAUUUUUUGUAUCGGUACGGGAAAAUUUAAUGUAGUUUGAGAAACACUGGUCUGGUUUAAUAUAAGUUAGGGCAUAAUAUGUCGGUACCCAAAGUGUUUACCUGUUCGGUUCCAAAGUAUAUUGUUGAAAUGUUUUGUUACAAACCGCGGUUCAAUCUAUAUCCUUUUAUUGUAGUAAUAAAGUUUAUUCAUAUUAACAA